UUUAGUAAAGUUAUCAACGCAUUUGCCGAGUAAAGUACGUAUUUAGCCAGUUAAGUCAUACCAUAAUCAUAACCAACUAAAAACCAUGCACUGGCCAUUGCUUAUAUGCUUAUCAUUACAUUUUACACCAAUCUACUCCCAUACCUACGAUUUCAAACUGGUUUUUCAAUGGAGAUUUCUAGAAUUUAAGUUUGCAAGUGAAGAAGAACGAACUGAAGCCAUCAACAAUGGUAGUUUCAAUUUCAACCAACUUCGACCCGAAGACGCGCAGUACACAUAUAAUGAAAAAUCUGGAAAAGAGAGAGUUUUCAUUACCAUACAACGUCUACUACCCAGAGGAACUCCAGCCACUUUGACGGUCGUUACCAAUGAAACACGCAACGGUAGUUCGAUAAUUGAUCCUUAUCCAUCAUGGUCUUGGCAUCUUAAUCUGGAAAACUGUAAUUAUUAUCGGAUUGUGUCUGCUUUUAGGCUGUGGGCUGACGAAUGUGGAAGGCUUUGGGUAAUAGAUGCCGGCAUUCAGGGUGGUAAAUUCUUAUGUCCACCUCAAAUCUUAGUUUUUGAUCUGGAAACGGAUUCCUUACUGCAUAAAUACGAGCUGCCUUAUGACCAACACGAAAAUGUUUCAAUUUAUAUAACACCAAUGGUAGAAGUGGAAAGUAUGAAGGAUAACUGUAGAAAAAUCUGGUUGUAUGUAACUGAAACUGUUAGACCCUCAAUGUUGGUCUACAGUUUGGAAAAGAACGUUUCUUGGGUUAUUCAAGACGAUAGUUUCAAAGCAGAUCCAAACUUUAUCAAUCUUACCAUAGAUGGUGACACAACUCAAGUCAAUGAUGGCUUAAACUCGUUGGCUCUUAGCCCCAAGUGUGACCCUCCCGAACUAAGAAAAUUGUUUUACCAUGCAUUUACUAACAUACAGGAAUCUUUUGUGUAUGUGAAAUAUCUAAAAAAUCCUGAUAAUUUUAAGAAACCUUAUGGAUCCCCUCAGUUAUUUUAUACUUAUCCAACAACAAGAGAUCAGCAGAUUUCAGUGGAUGCAAUGGAUUCUGAAGGAAUGAUUUAUUUCGCGUUACUGGUUGAUGUGCUGAUCGUUAAAUGGGAUCCAAACACCCCUUAUAAAAGGGAAAAUUUUCAUGUGAUCGCCAAUGAUAAUGAGACUAUGCAGAAUCCUACUGGGCUUAAGAUCCCACCAUUUAAAGUCAAUGGCAGAGAGACCAUAUGGGCAUUCUCCACAGGAUUUCAAAGAUCUAAGCCGCUGGCUGAAAAAGACGUCAAUUUCAGGCUUUUCCGAGCCGAAUUUUAAUUUUUUUGUAGAAUAAAGAAAAUCUUUUAGAAUUGUUUUAAUAUAUGUAUAUUUAAA